CUGUUUUCUUGUAUUGCCGCCUAAAUACAAUUUAAAGUUUAAACAGAAAUAAGAAAUUAAUAAAAGUAUAGAAAAGACUUACAUUAUUUUUAGAAGGUUAAACAACAAUGCAGCUAUCACAAUCUGAAUCGAGUGACGGCACUAACGUGUCUUUAUUAAAUACUGAAAUUGUGCAUCAGUAUAAAAAAUCUCUAAACAGUAGCUCCAACAAUUCUACGACUAUCGCAUUGCAAGAAGCAUGGCAAGCAAACGUUAAGUUAUUUAACAAAAAUGGAGAUCACCUAAUAGGCUUCGCAAAAGAACUAAACAGCUCUACAUGUACUGAGAUUGAAUCUUGGAGUACUUCCCUGGGAGAACUACCAGAUCCAUUACUGUUAUUUGAAAAGUCUUUACCGCAGUGUAAAUGCCUGAGUAUAAAUAAAAAUUUGCAACAAAAUAAAGCAGUAGAUAUUAUGCAAAGCAAAUGCAUAUGUAAAGUUGAUUUACCUACACAAGAAAAGUCAGAAGUGUCGUACUUUAGACCAUUGUAUUCUGAGAAUUCUAGUCAAGAAUCAAAAUCUGGAGAUGACGGGCUUUCAAAAUCUAAGUUUGGUCGUUUAAAAUCAAAGAAAACUAUGCCUACAUCAAAGAAUAUAGUAGAUACAAAUUGCAGUAAAGAUUUCAAUAUGGACGUAGAAAAGCCAUUAGUAAAUACUGAUGUUGAAGUUGAUGAGGAGAAAGCUCAUAAAAGUCAAGUUGCAAAAAUAACAUUUAAAACUGCUAGAGAAACACUAUUGGCCUCUAAUCCAGCCGCUCGGCGCACUUUGGGUGCAUCAAGAAAGGCUCAGGCCAAAUUUGUUUCUCCGAUGAUAGGGGCUCAAGAAAAACAGGAGGUCAAUGAACCUGCUAUAAUAGAUGAGAGACUAAAGCACAUUGACCCGAAAAUGAUAGAGCUGAUUGAAAGUGAAAUUAUUGAUAAAGGAUCUCCAAUCGGUUGGGACGACAUCGCGGGGCUGCAGCAGGCCAAGAGCGUGCUGCAGGAGGCGGUGGUGUGGCCGCUGCUGCGCCCCGACAUCUUCACGGGCCUGCGCCGCCCCCCGCGCGGCGUGCUGCUGUUCGGCCCGCCCGGCACCGGCAAGACCUUGAUCGGGCGCUGCGUGGCGGCGCAGUGCCGCGCGACGUUCUUCAGCAUCUCGGCGGCGUCGCUCACGUCCAAGUGGGUCGGCGACGGCGAGAAGAUGGUGCGCGCGCUGUUCGCCGUCGCUCGCGCGCGCCAGCCCGCGGUGAUAUUCAUAGAUGAGAUCGACUCGCUGCUGAGUCAGCGAAGCGACAGCGAGCACGAGGCGAGUCGCAGGAUCAAAACGGAGUUCCUGGUGCAGUUCGACGGCGCUUCUACGGGUGAAGAAGAUCGUAUUCUAAUAGUGGGCGCCACCAACCGACCGCAUGAACUGGACGAAGCGGCGAGACGGCGCCUCGUCAAACGACUGUACAUUCCGCUGCCUGAUUUCGAAGCACGCAAACAAAUAAUCAGCAACUUGCUGAGGAGCGAACAGCACGAGCUGUCGGCGAGCCACGUGGCGGACGCGGCGCGCCUCACGGACGGCUACUCCGGCGCCGACAUGAAGUCGCUCUGCUCGGAGGCCGCGAUGGGGCCGAUUCGCUCUGUGCCUCUAUCGCAGAUCGUCACCAUUGACAGGGACCAGGUUCGUCCAGUAACUGUGCAAGACUUCAAAAUAGCUCUUCAGCGUGUUCGUCCGAGCGUCUCACAAGACGACCUCGGCCAAUAUGUUAAAUGGAAUAACACUUACGGACACGGCUUUUAAAGUUGUACAUAGGCUUGUCUAAAUCCAGAGUGAAACGGGGGAAGAAAACCGCGGCUGCCGUGUGUUAGUGGGCGCCUCACCGUUAAAAGUCAAGUCUUGUACUAUCAGUGAGGCGCCCUAGAUGGUCUCUUAAAAUUAGUUUCAGGGAUGAGGGAGAUCACCAGAAAACUGCUUAUAUCCAU